AUGAAAGGAAUGGCAGAAGACGUUGGACGCGUGCUCACGCAAUUAUCUGAGGAUAUUCACCAAAAAGUUUUUGCGAAGAGAGAAAAUCAACGAAAACAUAUUUUAUUAAUGAACUCUCUCUCUGAUGAAGAAAGGUUUGAAAUUGGACGAGAAGCUUUGCAAACAAUUACCGAAAAGGUAACACCGAUUGUUACGACUGACCAUCUGGAUUGUGCCGAGAUUACUUCAUAUCUUCAACGAACAGAAACAUUCUGGAAUAAGUUCAAUAUUUUAAAGGAAAGACAUGAGCGACAAUCCGAGUGCUGCAGCAACGAUAACCUCAGGUCAGCUUUGAAAGGCAUCAAAAUGAAUGGCUGGAGUGCCAAAAAACGGAAAGUUGUCUUCGAAGAAAUUAAUGAUACAUCUGUUAAUGGUACUGAAGAUACUGAUGUGGAGCCUCCGACACCUAGCUUGGAUAAUAAUAUAGAAAAUCAAUCUAAUAACUGUGAGCGAGAAAUAUCAAGUGAGCCCAUACCAAGUACUAUUUCAACUCCAGCAGCUGAGAAAAUUGAUGUUUUUAUACCUAAGCCCGAUGACAAAAUGGAAGCAAAAAAGCAGGCCAUGCUAGCCAAAUUUGAGAAGCGUCGGGAGAGCUUAUUCACACUAUCAAAAGAUGCUAAACAAUCAGCUCGCAAAGUAACCAAUAAAACUAAUCGAAAUGUUAUCCAAAAUGCCUUGAAAUUCAGUAUUUUCCCAGGAUCUCUCAAUGAAGGACUACGAGCUAAGGCCUUGAAAGAGAUAGAGACUUCGUCUUCCAAGCAUUUCAUUGUACUUUUCCGAGAUAGUCGUCUUCAAUAUCGUUCCAUAUAUACUUGGGAUGAGCAAAAGAAGAAUGUUGUGAAGUUGGUUGGCACUGGUCCUCAAACAUGUACCGAAGAAAUGAUCGAUUUAAUGUUCAAGUACGACUACGGAGGAAAAACGUUCACAUCCAUUCCAUCUAAGCAUUUCGACUCGAUCAUCGACGGUUUCACGAUUCAGGAUACGUAUUGGAUGAAGAAACCUGUCUCUGCUAAAUCCUAA